GCGGCGCACACAGUCGAGAGGGGAGGGGAGGGAAGCCGAGAGGAAGAACGGAGCCGCCGAGACGCAGUGGGGCACAGCACGGAGUCCAAGCAAAUUACACCGACGCACCAACAUCCCUCUCCAGAUACACCUCAAGUAGCGACCUGACCUGUGCGGUGCGCGCAAGAGCUUUUCAGCAUGGAGACUGCGAUAAAUAAUAAGCACUAAAAUGUGAGAUCCACAGGGGAAAUUAGAGCGCACGCGUGUGUGAGAGAAAUAAAGUGGCCAUUCCCUUUAUCUUUUUGCGGGUGAUUUCAAUUCUGUGUUCUGCAGUCUGAAAAUGAAGAAGUUCAACAUCAGGAAGGUGCUGGACGGUUUAAAAGAGGUGUCCUCCUCCGCGCCGUCUGUCCAAGUGGGGCCACAGGAGAACCAUCUCAUCCAGGAGACCCUCCAGUCCGAGCAUUUCCAGCUCUGCAAGACCGUCCGUCAUGGCUUCCCCUAUCAGCCGUCGUCCAUGGCUUUUGACCCCGUGCAGAAGAUAUUGGCCGUUGGCACCCAGAGUGGAGCUCUUAGAUUGUUUGGGCGUCCUGGUGUGGAGUGUUACUGUCAGCAUGAGAGUGGAGCCGCCGUCAUCCAGCUACAGUUUCUCAUAAAUGAGGGGGCGCUGGUGAGUGCUUUGGCUGAUGACAGUAUCCACCUAUGGAACCUGAGACAGAAGAGACCAGCCAUCCUCCACUCCCUCAAGUUCAACAGAGAAAGAAUAACUUUCUGCCACCUGCCCUUCCAGAGUAAGUGGUUGUACAUCGGCACAGAACGAGGGAACAUCCACAUUGUCAACGUGGAGUCCUUUAUGCUCUCAGGCUACGUCAUCAUGUGGAACAAAGCCAUUGAACUGUCAUCCAAGGCUCAUCCUGGACCGGUUGUCCACAUAAGUGAUAACCCCAUGGAUGAGGGAAAGCUUAUAAUUGGAUUUGAGUCUGGGAUCGUGGUCCUGUGGGAUCUCAAAUCAAAGAAGGCAGACUAUCGCUACACAUAUGAUGAGGCUAUCCACUCAGUUGCCUGGCAUCACGAGGGCAAGCAGUUCAUUUGCAGUCACUCAGAUGGAACUCUGACCAUAUGGAACAUCAGAGGCCAGGGCAAGCCCAUACAGACAAUCACACCACACGGAAAACAGCCCAAGGACGGGAAGAAGCCAGAAUCUUGUAAGCCCAUUCUUAAAGUGGAGUACAAAACAACUAGAAUUGGGGACCCCUUCAUAAUCUUUUCCGGUGGUCUGUCCUAUGACACGGUGGGCCGGAGGCCUUGUCUGACAGUAAUGCACGGGAAGAGUACUGCUGUGCUGGAGAUGGACUAUCCUAUAGUAGACUUCCUCACGCUAUGUGAGACACCAUAUCCUAACGACUUUCAGGAACCUUAUGCUGUGGUGGUCCUUCUAGAAAAGGAUUUAGUGGUGAUCGACCUUGCACAAAAUGGUUAUCCAAUAUUCGAGAACCCCUAUCCUCUGACUAUCCACGAGUCUCCUGUGACCUGCUGCGAGUACUUUGCCGACUGCCCUGUGGACCUCAUACCUGCACUUUACUCUGUUGGCUCGCGGCAGAAACGACAGGGCUACAGCAAAAAGGAAUGGCCUAUUAGCGGUGGAAACUGGGGUCAAGGCAUACAGAGUUACCCAGAGAUCAUCAUCACUGGGCAUGCUGACGGAACUGUGAAGUUCUGGGAUGCCUCUGCAAUAAUGCUCCAGGUGCUCUAUAAACUCAAAACAGCCAAGAUAUUUGACAGGAACAGGUCUAAGGAGGACAAGGGCAGCACUGAGGUGUCAGAUGAAGACCCCUUUGCCAUUCAGAUCAUGGCUUGGUGUCCCGAGAGCCGGAUGCUGUGUGUGGCCGGUGUGUCAGCCAAUGUUAUCAUCUACCGCUUCAGUAAGCUGGAAGUAACUACUGAGGUGGUUCAGUUACUAGAGGUGCGAAUGCAAUAUGAGCUGAAUGACAUAGAGUCUCCAGAUGGUGGGGGUGAACAGACAUCAGCGCUGCCCACCCCCGGUGCCUCACCUCAGACGAGCGGCCCACCUUCACACCCUUCCACCAGCAGCAACAACUCUGAUGGCGGCAACAUACCCUGCCUCAAAGUGCGCAGUACUCCAUUGAAACAGUCUGCAGGAUACCAGGUAGAUUUGGUGGUCCAGUUGGUGUGGGUGAGUGGAGAGCCUCCUCAGCAGAUCACAAGUCUGGCGCUUAAUUCCUCCUAUGGCCUAGUGGUGUUUGGCAACAGUAAUGGACUGGCAGUGGUGGACUACAUCCAGAAGACAGUAGUCCUCAACUUGGGGACGGUCGAGCUUUAUGGCUCUAAUGACCCCUACCAGAGACAGCCCCGGUCGCCAAGAAAGACGCGACAGCCGUCUGGAGGUCUUUGUGACAUCAACGAAGGCUCGGCCACGUCGGAGGACCGCUGCAAGUCGCCUACUUCAGUGUUGAUGUCAAACAGCAAUCUACACCAAUUCUACAAUGGAGGUGGUAGAGGAGCAAAGAUGUCACGGAAAUUAAGCUUGCCUACUGAGCUAAAGCCAGACUUGGUCCUCCUGUCUGUAUGCCCGCCGCGGGGUGCCAACCCAUUAGACCACCGGGACAACUCUUUCAGCCGCUCUCGCUCAUCCAGCGUCACCAGCAUCGACAAGGAAGCACGAGAGGCCAUCAGCUCAUUCCACUUCUGUGAGACUUUUGCACGCAAGGGGGACAGCACUUUGACGCCCUGCCUGUAUGUGGGCACCUCCCUGGGAACUGUCCUGGUUCUAGCUGUCACAUUGCCACCUGCUGGGGAGCAACGGCAGCUGCAGCCAGUUAUCAUUUCACCUGCAGGUAUGUUGGUGCGGCUGAAGGGAAGCGUUUUGCGGACGGCUUUCAUAGACUCCACAGGUUCUCAGCUGCCUCCUGCAUAUGAGUCUUGGUGUGAACCCAACAUUACAGCAGAUGGUGAAGAAAGAGAAAAAGUCCGUAAGCGCCGGCCUGUCUCCGUGUCUCCUUCCACCUCCCAGGACCUCAGUGAGAGCCAGUAUGCUGUAGUGUGUUCAGAGAAACAGGCCAAAGUCAUUGCCCUCCCCUCCCAGACCUGCAUCUAUAAACACAGUAUCACAGAGACCUCCUUCAUCUUACGGGCAGAUGUGGUGCAGAUGAGCCAAGGCGUGUGCGUAGCGUGUUUCUGUGCCAAUGGCCACAUUAUGACCCUCAGUGUGCCAGGACUGAGACCGCUCAUGGAUGUAAACUACCUACCUUUGACAGACAUGCGGAUAGCCAGGACAUUCUGCUUUACUAACCUGGGUCAGGCCAUGUACCUCUGCUCCCCCACUGAGAUCCAGAGGAUCACUUAUAGUCAGGACACUUGUGAAAACCUACAGGAGAUGCUGGGCGAACUUUUCACACCAGUGGAGACUCCAGAGGCUCCCAAUAGAGGGUUCUUCAAAGGCCUAUUUGGUGGAGGAGCACAGUCGCUGGACAGAGAGGAACUAUUUGGUGAGGUAGCAGCUGGAAGGGCAUCGAGAAGUCUGGCCCAGCACAUGCCUGGCCCAGGUGGCAUUGAGGGGAUGAAGGGAGCAGCCUCUGGUGUGGUUGGUGAUCUGGCACGUGCCCGGAUAGCGCUGGAUGAAAGAGGCCAGAAGCUGGGUGAACUGGAGGAGAGGACGGCUGCCAUGAUGGCCAGUGCAGAUGCUUUUUCCAAACACGCCCACGAGAUGAUGCUGAAGUGCAAAGACAAAAAGUGGUACCAGUUCUGAUUGGUGGAAGGAGUGGAGUAGAGCUCCGUGGACUCGACUGUCUGACUGACCUUCCAUUGGCUCAUCUGGACUCACCGUGACCCCCUACCCAUCCGUCUGUCCCUUCGUCCAUCCCUCCAAGCCUUCUUCACUGAAACACUUGGGGAUUUUCUCCCCUAGCACAAUGAUGAAUACUGUACUUACCUCAGUCUUGGGGUGGAACUGAGGGGUAGACAGGAGAGAAAGACAACCUCAGAGGGAAUAACUUAAUAAAUGGUGUCUCUUUUUUUUUAUGUUCUUGUCUCAUUGUUUUUCUCCGUUCAGCCUCUCCUCUGAGGUAGCCGACUGGCUCAUACACCUGAAGAUUCUUCACUCUCAUUUGCCAAAAUGUUCUUUACUGUUGUCUCUUAACUCUGUACCCUCGUGGCCAAUAUUCAAACCGGCUGAAAAAAAAAAAAGACCAAUGUGUAACGAAGAAGCAAAGACUUGAAAAAAUUAUUAAAGUGUAAAAAAAAAAAAAAAAAAAUGUCUAAAUACAUCAUUAUAUA